UCGUCUGCCUUUCGGGAUCGCGUCUGCACCCACAAUUUUCCAGAAGAUCAUCGAUAACGUCUUGAAAGGACUGAGCUUCGUGUUUUGCUAUAUCGACGACAUCUUGAUUACGGGCCGCUCAAAGGAAGAGCAUCUGCAAAACCUCGAUGCAGUUCUAAAAAAGGCUGUCAGAACGUGGCUUGCGCGUAAAGCCAACGAAGGGCGAAUUCUUUCGCGACGAGCUGACGUAUUUGGGCCAUGUAAUCAACAGGCGCGGCAUCCAUCCAACAGACGAGAAACUGGCCGCGAUAGCCAAGGCACUGGCGCCAGCCGAUAAGCAUCAGCUUCAGUCACUGCUUGGUCUUAUCAGUUAUUACGGAAAGUUUGUUCCCAACUUAUCCACUGUUCUCUCUCCCUUAAACAGGCUCCUGCAAAAGACGUAGCCUGGAACUGGAAUGAAGAUUGCGAUCGCGCCUUUCAGCACAUCAAGGAGCUGGUUUCGUCUGCUCCCAUCUUGGCGCACUAUGAUCCAGGGCUACCCCUACAGUUAUCUUGUGAUGCGUCGGCUUACGGGAUUUGGAUUCCCCGAAACUUUGGUGUCGGACAACGGCACUCAGUUUACUUCUGCAGAUUUCCAGGAGUACCUGCAGCGAGUAGGAACCCGGCACGUGCGAACGGCUCCGUACCAUCCGAGCAGCAACGGUCUGGCAGAACGUUUUCUCCAGACGCUCAAGGCCGCACUUCGGAAGUGCAACCGCUCCACGUCACCGUCGGAUCUCGCAGACUUGCUCCUGGCGUACCGCAACACUCCGCAAGCUACUACGGCAGAGGCACCCUAUGUUUUGCUGUUGGAGAGGCGCCUCAGAACAAGGCUGGACCUCGUGAGGCCUUCUGUGGAAGACACAGUCACCCACAAGCAGUUCCGGGAAGCCAGUCGUCAUAGAAGUCGCGAGAGCACGUUCCGCGAAGGUGACCUCGUGCGUGUUCGCAGCUUUCGCGGGGGACCAAGGUGGUUCAGUGCUACCGUGCUUGCUCGCACCGGCCCAGUGUCCUAUCGUGUGAGUGUCGUGACUCCUCGUGGUGUGUGCGAGUGGGUGCGUCACCGGAAUCAUAUAGUGCGUGCUCCGGACACAGACGACUUGGUGAUCACUGACUCAGACUGUUGCGCCGAGGCCCCCGUGACAGUGAGCACAAGCCCUACCGGCCCGACCGAACUGGCAGAGCACCCAUUGGCUGCUAAUCAGGCCACCGAGCAAGGUCGCCGGUAUCCGCAGCGUGAACGCCGAGCUCCCGACCUCUACGGCACCUAGACCCCGGGACUCCAAGCAAGUGGGGGGGGGGGGGGGGGGGGAGAUGAUAUGUCGUGCGCCUGCGCGAUAUGGCUUGGCCGCGUGUCUUGCGCCGAGGCCACGGAUUGUGUUAUCACACUUACUAUGCUUAAAUAGCGCCGGCAUUGUAGCUGGCGCGGGCAUUCCUUGUUGUAACGUUGUCACGGGCAGUUCGCCCGUCGUUUUAGCUACUGGCAUAAUGAAGCCUCAGUUUUCGCUCACCGUUCG